AUGUUAUUGUACAUCCCACUUCAUAUAUUAGAUUUGAUUUUGAGUAGUUUAACAUUUCAAGAAUUAAAAAGAAUAUAAUGGAUAGAUUCGUUUUUUGCCACCUACAUUCCAAGCAUAAUUCUAAGGACUAAAAAUUAAAUUAGCAUAUCUAUUUUUGAUUCAAAUAAAAGUUUGGGGUUGGACAAGUGGUUAAAAUUAUAAAAAUUGAGUUUAAUUAUUUCUACAACAAGUCUCUAAGAAUUGAAGCAGAUUUUGAAACAGAUCCCCCAAUCAGUGAAAAAAUUGAAGCUCUAGUUAAACUAUGACUUGAUAAUUCAAGAAAGGUUCUAUUCCUACAUUUCCAAAUAUAUGGCACAAUUAACAGCCUUGAAACUGAUUGCCACAGGGCCAAAUAUCAUUUAAACUAAGUAGAAGUAAAUUUAAUUAAAAAAUAAUCAUAGUUUAGACGCAAAGUUUUUACACAAUCACUUUUAUGAUAAGAUGAAGAAUCUUAAGACCCUUCACUUAGAUACAACAAAUUUGAGUAAGAUUACCAAUGAGUCAAUAUAAAAUUAUCUCUUUUUUGCCUUAUUUUAUAAGGAUGAAUAGUUUGCAAGACAACCAUCCAUUGAAAAAAUUUCUUUUGAUUAAUUGGCGGAUACGAAUCAAUUGGAGAGAGGGUAUUUGUUGCAGAGUAACUUCUAAAUAAACACGAAAAUAAAAAAAAUAUCUUUGAAGCAAUUUGAUUAAGCACAACAAAUGAAUUUGUUGCUUCACUUAUAAAAGCUUAUGCAUUUGAUUGGAGAUCAGGUAUAAUCAAUCAAGUUAUGCCAACAUCUAAAUACACACACAAUUAUUGAAGGUGAUAAGAUGACGGCAUUUCUAAAACAUUUUAAUAAUUUAAACGUAUUUUCACUUAAUAUGUAAGUGAUAUUAAAUAAUUGUUUAAUAGAUAUAAUAUUUCAUUUGAAAUAUUGAAUUUUGAAUUGGAUGAAUUGGCAUAACUUAAUUUAAUAUCUCUUGGUUUGGCAAGUUUGAAGUAUCAUCAAUCUCAUUUUGCAUCAUUGUUUUCUUUGCUUCCAAAUUUAAAGAUGCUGAAUCUAGAUUUCACAUCAAUUGAUGAUGAAUGUCUUAAUAUAUUAGGUUUGAUUCAUUUAUUAUCAUUUUAGGUUGCUCAACACAGUAUACAUAGUUAAAGAUACGCGGAUGUCGAAAAUUGACUAAUUAAUCUCUGUUGCCAUUCUUAGAAAAGUAGAAGCACUUAACUCAGGUGGAUUUAAGAGGAGUGCUUGGAUUUAGUAAGAAGGCAUUUAGAUUAUUAACAAAGAACAAUGCUCUUUAAUAAUUAUCUAUAUCAGUAUAAAUAUUUAAUAACUAGGAUAAUAAAAUAAACAAUUCAGUAUUGGUUGAUCUCCUUUACAAAAAUUGUGGAAACUUAAAACACAUAAAUAUAGGCGAGUUGAUGAAUAAUUAAGGAUUGACAAAUGAUGUGUUUAAACAAGCAAAAGAUAGGUAUUUAUUAGUUGUAUAAACAAUUUAGAAAUGUCUGUAUGUUGAACAUGUAGUCUGCAUCUAUUAACUUUACUGCUCAAAGUUUUUCUAUAAAAGUAGUUUGCGAUUUUCUAUAACUGGUACCAAAUGUUUAAGUCUUGUGUCUUAAAAUAAAUGUUCAGAAUAUAAUAUUUCUGAUAGAUCAAAUUUUAGAGUAUAUUUCCAUUCAUAUUUAUAGACAUGAUUCCAUCUGUUAGAGUUUGUAGAAGCUCACUCUAUCUUGUAAUGGUUAUGCCCAUUUGAAUGUGAGUUAAAGGGAAAUACAAAUCUUUCAGUCAUUCCGUGAAAAGGCAAUAAGAUUGGACACUUUGACUCUGAAUGUGAGUGAUGGGGGUAAUGAAGUUGGGAAGAUAUUCCUAAAUUGCAUAUCAAAAAAGACCAAAGGCCACGAUAUCAGAUUGGUUUUGCCACAAUAAAAUAUAUAAUACAUAAUCUGA